AUGGCCGCCAAAGCUGCAGCGGCCGAGCUCUGGGCACAGGCAGGCCUGCCUCCAUCCGCCCUCGCGCACCUCAGCCUCCCGCCCUCGCCCUCGCCUCCUCCCUCGUCCUUCGACGUGGACGCCGCCGCGCAAGCCGUCGUCGGCGUCGCAGCGCUCGCAGCCGCACACCUCCAUGCUCUGCGCACGCGUGACGACCUCUCCGCCGUGACCGUGCUCGCGCGAGAUGCGGCAGCCGAGUUCCGGUCGCAGGACCUUGCGCUCCUCGGCGGCGAAUCGGCUUUCGAGUGGGACGCGCUCGCCGGCGCCUACAAGGCCAAGCUCGGCGGCUGGAUUCGCCCGCACACCAACUGGCGGCACCACAAGGUCGGCCUGCUCGACCUGCUCGACCUCCCGCACGACGCGAGCAAGGCGCAGCUCGCCGAAGCUUUCGCCUCGCGCGACGCCGACGAGGUCGCAGAAGCCGCUAUGGACCGCGGUCUUGUCUGUACAGCUCUACGCUCGUUCGAAGAAUGGGACGCCCAUCCUCAAGGCCGCGCCGCUCUCGAACGCGCUCGUCACGGGCCCGUGCGCUUCUCGACGUCCGCGCCUCGACCACCUCGAGCUUUGCCUGCGUCUACGUCGCGUCGCCCACUCGACAGCGUGCGCGUCCUCGACCUGACCAGGGUUAUCGCCGGACCGGUCGCAGGGCGCGUGCUCGCAGGAUACGGCGCCGAUGUGCUCUGGGUCACUUCUCCAUCCCUUCCCUCCUUGCCCGGCCUCGACUUUGACACGUCUCGCGGCAAGCGCACCCUGCAACUCGACCUGCGCUCCUCGCCCGCCGACCGCGCCGCCUUCGAGCGGCUCGUGCGCGACGCCGACGUCCUCCUCGAGUCGUACCGACCCGGCGGCCUCGCCUCGCUCGGGUUCGGGCCCGAACGCCUCCGCGAACUCAACCCGGACAUCGGCGGGCCGUGGAGCAGGAGGAAAGGGUUCGACUCGCUCGUGCAGUUUGCGAGCGGGUUCGGCGAGGCUGAGGGGCGGGCUUGGAGCGAGUGGAGGAGCGGUCGAGCGGAUGAGGAGGACGGGACGGGCGAGUGGGCGCCGCGAGCGCUGCCGUGCCAGGUCCUCGACCACGCGACGGGCUACCUCACAGCCUUCGGCAUCCUCGCCGCCCUGUACCACCGCUCGACCUCGGGCGGCGCGCACCUCGUCACGACGACCCUGCUCGACACGGCGACCUGGCUGCGCUCGCUCGGCCGCACCGACGCCUCGACCUCGACCGAGCCGUUCUCGGUCCAUCUCGAGACGCAGGAGGAGCUGAGGGCGCGAGGAGGGACGGCGAGGCUCAGAGGGUGGGAGGGCAAGGAGGUCGAGUACGUCGAGCACGCGGCGAGGUUCGAGGGGGACGUCGAGGUGGGCUGGAGGACGGCGCCACAGGCCUAUGCGGACGGUGCGGCAGAGUGGCUGGCGCGAGGAGAGUAG